CGCUUACUGUGAGAAUACAAAUUGCCGAAAACAUUUUAAUUUAAGAGUAUGUUUUUCUGUAUCUGAAGCAUUGCGUAAAAAUACAAAUCCAAGCGUGUGUUAACAUUUAGUAUAAAUGUCGAUGGUUAGCACAUUAGCGUAUUGCUACGGAAGUAGACGAGGCAGCGCUGAUAAAAGCGCAGCCCCCGACUGCACAGUUGUCGUCUGACAGCGACAGCACGGAGGUGUCUCAGCUUCUUUGUGUGUCUGACUUUGUGCUGCUACUAUGGCUCGAGUAGAAACAUCUCCUAGCCGACCGUACCAUCUGAUCAUCUUCGGAGCCACUGGCUUCACGGGCCAGUUUGUGGUGGAGGAGGUGGCCCGGACAGUGUCUGAAGGUCCAAAGGGGAACUUGAAAUGGGCCGUGGCAGGCAGGAGCAGACAGAAGCUGGAAAAAGUUCUGGAGCAGGCCGCUGGAGCCCUCAGUAAGCCAGAGCUGAGGACACAGGUGGACAUAAUUGUUGCAGAUGUUGGAGAACCCGACUCCCUGGCAGCCAUGUGCAAACGAGCUGUGAUUGUGCUCAACUGUGUUGGACCUUACAGAUUCCACGGCGAGUCUGUUGUCAGGGCAUGCGUGGAGAACGGAGCGCACCAUAUCGACAUCUCUGGAGAACCACAGUUUCUGGAGAGCAUGCAGUUAAACUACAACAGCCAGGCUGCUGAGAAAGACGUGUACAUCAUUGGAAGUUGUGGGUUCGAUUCCAUUCCUGCAGACAUGGGAGUCCUCUACACCCGAGACCAGUUUAAGGGUACCCUGACUGCUGUUGAGAGCUUCCUGACUGUUUCCUCAGGACCUGAUGGUGGCUGUAUCCAUGACGGCACAUGGCAGUCGGCCAUCUACGGUCUUGCCGACCGCCACAAGCUUUCGAGUCUGAGGAGGAAGUUUAAUCACAAACCUCUCCCCACUGUUGGCCCAAAGCUGAAACGCAGAGGAGCACUGUUCUUCAGUAAAGAGAUCCAGCAGUACGCUCUACCCUUUAUGGGGUCGGAUCCCGCCGUUGUGAGAAGAACACAGCGCUUCCUGUCAGAGGAACAUCAAGACACACCAGUUCAGUACGGAGCUUAUGCUGGAAUCGGCGGAAUCGGGAACGUUAUCAAGUUGAUGUUUGCUGGCAUGAUGUUCUGGUUUUUAGUCAAGUUCAGCUUUGGACGCAACCUGCUCACUAAGUACCCAGAGUUCUUCUCAUAUGGAUUCUUCACCAAGGCUGGACCCACAAGAAAACAGAUGGAGGCUUCAUCCUUCCAGAUUUCCUUCCAUGGUGAGGGUUAUACAGAGGAUCAGGACCCCUCCAAGGGCAAACCCAACGCCAAGAUCCGCACACUAGUUCAGGGACCAGAAUGUGGUUACGUGGCCACGCCCAUCGCCAUGGUGCAAGCUGCUCUGACGGUUCUCAACGAACCCUCAGCUUUGCCGAAGAAGGGCGGAGUCUACACUCCAGGAGCUGCUUUUGCUAAAAGCACAUUCAUCGACCGCCUCAACAAACAUGGCAUCCAGUUUUCUGUCGUCUAAACUUUCUCUCCUCCUCCUGCUGCUGCUGUACUCCUUUUUCUGAGCACUAAUUUUACAGAAUAACCAGUGGUGAGUUUUCACCUUUAGAAGAAAUAUAAGUGUUGUGUUGAAUUCCAGAAUGUAGGAGUUUUCUGGAUUAGUCGAACCGUCCUCCAGGCGCAGCUGCACGGUUAACACUCUGCUCGUAAAACAGAAGCACAGCUGUCGUAGCGUUUCCUCACCAGAGAAACUGUUUACUCUGCAUGAUUCUUUGCUAAAGUGAUUGCUGCUAAUAAAGAUUUCUCUACAAA